AACUUACAAAAAGAAAAGCUGUAUGAACUUUAAACUUCUCUCUCUCCUCAGAGUUGAUUGAGCAACUCUCUCCUCUCUCUCUCUCUCUCUCUCUCUCUCUCUCUCAUGCGUUGAACAACACAUCUUAUUUUUCUAGCAACGUUUCUGGAAAACAGGUGAAAAUUUUAAAAGCACAUUUUAUCUGGUUCUUUCUAGGAGCAAGUUGAGUGAAAUGGCUUCUUCAUCAGUUAACUCAAAGAGUCCUUUCAAAGCAUCGGAAACAAGAAAAUCAAGUUCCUGGUGGUGGGACAGUCAUGUUGGAAGGAACACAAAAUGGCUUGCUGAAAAUUUAGAGGAGAUGGAUCAACACUAUAAACGUAUGCUGAAGUUAAUUGAAGGGGAUGGAGACUCCUUAGCUAAGAAGGCUGACAUGUAUUAUCAGAAGAGGCCUGAAUUACUAUCUCAUGUAGAGGACUUCUACCGGAUGUACAAGACGCUAGCUGAGCGUUAUGAACAUUUGACCGGAGAAGUUAAAAAGAACCUCCCGCCAGACUUACAAUCACAGGGUUCCAUUAACUCAGACACCAGUGUUGAUGUGAUCUCUUCAUGGUCCUCUCAGGAUCCAAAGCCAAGUUAUCGUAAAUCUGGUCCUCGUGCUGCUGGCUUUGACUAUUUUCUUGGCCCUAAGAAAAGUAACUUUGAUCUGCCUGCAAAAGGAGACGAAACACCUUCUAUAUCAGAUUCCGAGACAGAAUUCUCAGAAUCUGAUGUGUCCUCUCUUUACAGCUAUACAGGAAUAUCAGUGAACACUGGCGAAGAAGAGGUGCAGUCGAGGCCUAUGGAAUCCGAGUCUGAGAGUUAUGAUGUGGAGAAGUUGCAGGUGCAGCAACAAGAGAAUCGUAACGGAUCCUUGAGGAAAAUCAGCAGUGCCAAUUUUGAGGAUUAUGAAGAAGAACUUAAGAUGGCAAAAGUAAAAAUCCACCAAUCAGAAGAAGAAAUUGCUAACUUGAAAUUAGAGCUCCAAAGGUAUAUGACCUUGGAAUCAGGCAGUGAUUCGCUUCAUGAGUAUACUGGGGUGGAAGACAAUGGCGCUGAGCUGGAAACUGAUGAAAGAAAGGUGCUUGAGCUUCAGGAAAGCAAUGGUAUAGAAGUAGAUAUUUCUCAACCUGAACAAAAGAUCCGGUCACUGUCUGAAGAGUUGAGAAUCACAAAGAGGAGACUCCAAGUUUUAGACAAAGAGGUGACACAAUUAAGAAAAGAGAACAGGGAAUCUUCUGAGAAUAUAAGGAAAAUGCAAGAUCUGCUCAAACUGGCUCAGAAGGAUGCUGCUAUAUGGAAGGCGAAAAUCGAGUCAGAGAAACGACAGGCAGCCAAGUUGCAAGAAAGGAUUGCUAGGUACAAAGCGAGUUUAACAGACCGGGAAAAUGAGGUUCGUGAUUUGAAAGAAGUGAUCUCUGACGCUAAUCGAAAGUAUCAGCUCCAUGCUGAAAUAUCUAGAUUGACUGAAGAAAAGACUCGCUUGGAGGAGAAGCUCCGGGAAUGGGAGAUGCAUUGUCAUUCUCUGGAAACUCAACAUGAAGCCUUGGAAAGAAAAUUAAAUGAUGAAAUUGAACACCUGAAAGUAGACAUUACUGAGAAGACACAUAGGCUGGAAAUACUGGAAAGUGACCUUGAUGCAUAUAAGCUAAAAUAUGAAAGCUUGUUGAGUGAAAAAGAUGAACUCAACACUGAGUUAACUGCAAGAAAUGACCGAAUUGCUGACAUAACAAAGGAUUUGCAACAGUUAAUUGCUGAAAAAGAAGAGACAAGUAAAGUGGUGCAGGAUUUAAGAUCAAGAGUUGAGAAACAGACUAUAAUGAUGUUGGAAACCGCUGAGGGGAAAAAGGAGGCAAUCAGACAGUUAUGUUUCGCUCUCGAGCAUUACAGGAAUGGUUAUCAAGACCUUCGACAAGCUUUCACAGAGCACAAACAGCAUGUUUUGGCAUCCUAAUAUUCUUUUCUUUACUGGAUAUAGAUGUGAAAACCUCUUUUAGCCUGAGGUUUGGAUAUAAUUUUAACCUCUUCACUGAUUCAUGUACAUAUAUCAUCAAAGAGUCAAUUUUGGAUUUCUUCUAGUUUCUUUGUCGUUGGUGUUACGGAUCUGUGCACUUCAUGAGCAUAGUCGUUACCAGCAUCCGUGGCUGCAAUUGAAUAUCUUAAUGUCAGCUUGAUGGAACUCAGUAUAGCUAGCUUUUACUCAUAUAAGGAAAAUGUUUACUCUUUGUACCCUGGGUCUGUGAGAGGUUAAGAGGUCCAUACCCACCAAUGAAGGGUGUAGAACUGAUCUCCUUUGCUUGGAGCGUCUGCAGCGCCUUCGACCUCUUUGUUUAUGGUUUGGUGUGUAUUUAGCUAACUUUUCAAGAUAAUAAUCUCGUUGUUGCGCUACAUCAACGCUGUGUAAAUUUUCGUCUUCUUUUUCGUUUGCACUGUUUGUAAAGUCUGAUGAAAGUUCUUUUUUGUGUGUGAGAUUGAUUUACAUUGUAAAAAUUGGGUAUGGACAUUGACAUCUGAAUACAAAUGAUUUGCAAGUGUUGCUAUAUUAGCACUUUAGCAGCGCA